CUCACGAACACAUCGCCAUUCACUCUCGCCACAGCAUUGCUGUCCUGAGCACCCUUGUCUGCGCAUGCCUCCCUGCUGCUCUCGCUUCCCUCAUUCGCCGCGUCUCCUGCAUAACGCUGCUCCUAUAAUUCAACCUUGGAAUUCCGUGGCCGCGGACUUUUGCCCCGUAUACACCAUGAGCACAUAGCCCUAGGUGGAACAGCGUUGUCCGCUCUCAUUUAAGUCAACAUGCCGGAACACACCACGCAGACCCUCCCAAUUCCAAUUCCAGCCGCCAGUCGACAGAAGCCCUCGAUGGGUAUGAAGAUUGAACCGCCCAACCUGUCCAUGCGCCUGAACACCGUCCAAGACAAGACAAACAAGCAGCCAUCUGAGAUACUGUCGCCGGUGAAUCAGAAUGGGAGCUUCGAGUUUGAUCGAGUCCUCAAGUCGGGCACCGUCCUGAAGCGCACGCGCAAGACAAAGUCCUGGAAACCAAUUCACCUCGUAUUACGGCCCAACCUACUCUCCAUUUACAAAGACAAGGAUGAAACAAAAUUACGGCACCAGAUCAACUUGUCUGAAGUCACAGCGGUCGCGCGCCAGAAGGACCCCAAGCGCAAGAUGGACCAUGUAUUUGGCCUGUUUUCUCCAUCAAGGAAUUUCCACAUUGGGGCACCGACCGAAAAGGAUGCGCAGGAAUGGGUAGAACUUAUCAGAUCCGAGGCCCGGAUUGAUGAAGAGGAAGAGGAGAUGGUAUUGAUGAGCCCAGGAGGUGCUCGUGGUGCAUUUCAGGACUUUGGAAGAAUUGGAAAAAGGGAAGGAGUGGGUUCCAGCUCCUCAGAAGCUGAUCCUUUGCCGAGAACAGGCUCUUCUGCUGAGGCAGGGAAUAUGCAUAGCUCUCGACGCCCCUCUCACACUCUGAUAAACUACUCUGGCAACGAGGCAGGAUCAUUCUCCGAUUUUUCAGAUACGCCGGCAUCCACACGCUUCCGGGGAUCGUCUCUGUCGUUGAACAAUCCCAAGACCCGAGAGAGAUCAGCUGCUGAGGUGAUACCCGGCGACGGUCGAUCGGACGCGAUGCGCAAUGUCAGUCAAGCUAGCGGACUUGGUACGACACCGGAUGACGAGAGAGUAAUUUACCACGGGUGGCUAUACGUUCUGAAAUCCAAAGGAGGUGUAAGGCAGUGGAAGAAGUUAUGGGUGGUCCUAAGACCAAAGUCGCUUGGACUGUAUAAGAAUGAAGAGGAAUACUCCGCGAACCUCAUUAUCCCGCUCUCAAACAUUAUCAACGCCGUCGAAAUCGAUCCCGUGUCGAGGUCGAAGCCAUAUUGCAUGCAAAUCAUCUCCGACGAGCGAAACUACCGAUUUUGCGCACUCAGCGAAGAUAAUCUGGCGAGAUGGCUCGGUGCCUUUAAGAGCCUGUUCGCAAAGCGCAAAGACGCUGAGAUCCAGCGGAAUGCUCAGCCCAGUUCGACUGCUGCAGCUGCCCCAUCUGCGCUGCGAUAAACCCCGAGCGGUGCAUCCUAACUUUACGACACGGCCUGUCUUGCUAGGCCACUGAUUAUUACUAUCCCGGAGGCACGACUUUCAUUAUUCUUUUUGCGUUUUAGCGAACAUGACGGACAUGAUUGAUGACGAAUUCGAUGCUAUUGAAUAGGCUUGGAAAAUCAUGGGACGUUCCUUAUUCCGGGCCCGUUUUGAGGCAGGAGAUCUUAACGGCUUGUACAGUAAUGUAAUUUAUGAGAAU